UAAUUAAAUUGUGAUGUGGAGCAGCGGGUGGGCCGCGGCGCGGGCGGUAGGCGACGGAAUGGGGCGAGCGCAAGCCAUGUGACUUGGCGACUCGAUACUGCGCCGCGGCCUUCGCCGCCGCGUGCUCUAGUGUAAUCUGGUUAGCGAAUGUUCGGGUGCGGACCGCCGACUGUCGAGUGCCGAUGCACCGGGCGGCACCGCGGCCGUAGGCAGUGUCCGGCCCGAGACCCGAGCAGUGCGCUCACCGCUCUGUUGUGUGGUGUGUGCAGGACACAGGUCGCGGGGCUACGGCGCUGUGCCGGCUACCGGCGACAUGAAGCCACAGGACGACUACAGAAAUGGAGAUGGCGGGGCGACAUCCGCGGCGUCGAGGUCGGACGACAGCGAGGGUGAGGAGAUCAGCGCACUCGAGCAGGAGUUGUCACUGGACGACCCCGAGGCGCCGGCGCGCGCGCUCGCCGCUCUCAACGCGCUGCGGAAGGCGCGCCAGCACUACGACGUGCUGCUGGCGGCGGCUGGCGAGGAGGUGGCCGCCCACCGCGCCGUGCUCGCCGCCGUGUCCCCGCGGCUGCUCGCCGCGCUCGGCGCCGGCCCGCCCGCCGCCGCGCCCGAGACGUUGCGCGUGUCCGGCGUCGAAGCGGACGCGCUGCGCGAGCUAGUCGAGUACGCGUACACGGGGCGCCUGCGCGUGCGCGACGCGGCGACGGCUCGCCGGCUGUACCGCGCCGCGGCCAAACUGCGCGUGGAGCCGGCGCGUGCGCACCUCGCCGAGCGUCUCAUGCGCCGCCUCACUGCCCACGAUUGUCUCGCGUUACGUGUUCUGCCCGACCUCGCCCCGCACCAUAGAGCGCAACUCGACACUUUCAUAGCGCAGAACUUCGACGAAAUAUGCGAGAGUGGUGCGUUAGCGGCUCUGCCAUUGAUUCGUAUCGAGUUGCUGCGAGAGACGAGUGCGGACGGUGGGGAGGAGGCCCCCGCGGCCGUGGCCGACGCUGCGCUGGCGUGGCUGCGGGACCAUCACGCCGCAGACGUCGACUUGGAGGAGUUGUGCUCGCGGACUCAUCUCCUAUUCGUGGACGCCAACGGCUCGCUGCGGGACUGCGGCGAGCUGCCGGCGGCGCGCGGUGACGCCCCCGAGCUGCAGGAGUACCGCCGAGAGGCGCGCGAGCGGGAGCGCGGACAGCGGCGCCGGGACAAGCCGCCCGACCGCGCCGCCGAGGACGAGGUUCUAGGAGAAAGCUCGGUCAUAGCGGCUCGUGCCGGCGUCGGGACCAACGGGGGCGGAGCCGGAGCGGCCGUGACGCGGGCGGUGGUAGCGAUCAGAGGACGCCUAGCCGGAGCGCGAGUGGCGUGGCGCAUAGGAAACGCGGAGGGGCCGCGCGGCGGGCGACUGGGCGGCACGCGGCCCGACGAGGCGCCGCCGGAGCCCGACUGCGCGGGCGAGGUGCGCGCGCACAUGACGGUGGGGCGCUGCGCGGUGGGCGCGGCCGCGCUCGGGCAGCGACUCGUCGUCUGCGGCGGCUACGACCGUGCACGCGUGCUUCGUGCCGCGGAGGCCUACGACCCGCAGACCAACGCGUGGUCGCCGAUACCGGACAUGAAGCGGGCUCGCGCGCGCUUCCCCGCCGCCCGUCUCGGCAACUCGCUGUACGUGUUCGGGGGAUCGGACGGCCAGACGGAGCUGGACUCGGUCGACGUGUACGAGGAGGACGCGGCCGGCGGCGGCUCGUGGCGGGCCCGCGCGCGCAUGCCGCUGGCGCGCUCGCACGCGGCGGCGGCGGCGGACGAGGCCCGCGGGGCGCUGUACGUGGUGGGCGGCUGGGCGGGCGGCCGCAGCCUGCGCGCCGUGCACCGCUACUCGCCGGACGAGGACCGCUGGAGCGAGGCGCCGGCGCUGGUGACGGGCCGCUCGCAGUGCGCCGGCGUCGUGUGGGAGGACGCGCUGUGGGUGUUCGGCGGCUGCGACGCCUGGAACUGUAUCGCGUCCACCGAGAUGCUGCCCCUCGACGGCCGCUCCUCCGCCUGGAUCGAAGGGCCGCCGCUGGGCACGGCGCGGCGCUCGGUGGGCGCGGCCGUGUGGCGCGGGCUGGCCGUGGCGGCGGGCGGCUCGGCGGGUGCGGCGUCGCUGCGCGGCACGGCGCUGCUGGCGCGCGGCGCGGCCUCGUGGCGCGCGGGCCCCGAGCUGCGCCGCGCCCGCGCCGCGCCCGCGCUGGCCGCGCUGCACGACGUGCUGUACGCCGCCGGCGGCUUCUCGGGCAAGGAGUUCCUCGCCUGCGUCGAGUGCCUGUACGAGCCCGACGGCGAGUGGACCACGCUGUGCGCGCCGCCGCCGCCGUCGCGCGCGCUGCCCGCCGCCGGCGCCGCCGCCCCCGACGGCGAGCUGUCCCCGGAGGGCUAGCGUGUGCCAUGUUGCGAGACGUGAUAUUGAGUAGUUUUAAUCUUGAGUAUUAUAUUUAAUGUUUAUGAGAUGAUCUAUACGAACGUGCGAGCUGGGCGUCGUGUGUACCUACCUCAAAAUUAUUCGUGCCUCGCGUCCGGGCGCUCGCUCGGCGCGCCCGACUCGGAGCCCCGGCGUGCAUUCGACGAAGUCAGGCGGACGGAGUCGGUCGCCCUCUCGUACUCGAACCACAUUCCACGCGAUACCCGCCGGCGACCCGCCCCGUUCUCUUGGGGAGCGGUAUGUUAUAUAUUUUUAUUAGGAACUGCGGAUGUUCGAUUUUUAAAAUAAGUAUUCGUACUGAACAAUAUUUGCAUUUUAUUAUACUACAAAACUAUUCCAGAGCAUCGGUGUGGGUGUACACUAUUGUGCUUUAUGCCUUUUGCAUGUAAAUGUAUACAUUAUAUGAUAUCGUUGCAAACGUGCGUUUGACGGAGCGCCGGCCGCACUGGCGCUCCGUCAAACGCGCGUUUGUAAUGCGCAUCGUGGCCGAGGCGGAGCGGUCGUUCUUUGGUUUAAUAAAAGACACUAAUUUUAAUAGCGUCGGGCCAGGCAGGAUCGCUGCGACCUCUCCCGAAGUUGAAGUCGACGGUUUAACGAGGCCUCGUUGUUUGUCGUCUAUUUGUUACAAACCCGUUAGUGAAAUAUUUGUUACAAUGAUUCGUUGUUAGAGUUUAAAGAGAUUGAGAUAUAAGAGGGGAUCGUCGCAGCGCCUGCGGCCGCGCCUCGAGUUGCUUCCUGUACUAUUGUUUACGUUUCGUUUAAUAAACGUGAUUAAGAGU